GCAAUGUUUAGAAGAUCUCUUUUUUACUUUAAUCACAUAUCCCUAAAUCAAGUCAUGGGAAUUGUGCGCGCCAAACAGGUCAAUGACCCUCUUGCUGCAACAAAGAUGCUGAUCGAUGUUCGAUCGACUGCAGAAGUUGCCCAGACAGGUAUGAUACCAACAGCCAUUAACAUUCCUCUUUCGAUCCUGCCUGAUGUCCUAAACUAUGACAAUAAUGAUUUGACCGAAAAUGAUUUCGAAGAAACGUUUAAAAUCAAGUGUCCUGUAAAGGGUGACACAAUCCUCAUUUUUUAUUGUGCGCAUGGCGUACGGUCUGCAAAGGCAGCUGAGAUAGCAGAGCAACUUGGUUUUACUGGUGCUCUUAAUUUUUCGGGUAGUUGGGCAGAGUGGUCAAGUGCUUUUGGUGGUGAGGGUAAGUAG